UUACUUUUUAAUAGUAGUAAAUAUAUUUACUGUUUUCUUUCUUCGUCUCUUGUUUAUUAACGUUGUGGUUUGAUCCCUUUUGCUUUUCUUCUGGUUUAAUCACUGUCACUCCUUCCGUAUAAUUCUGACUGCUUCUGUUCCCUCUUUUCGCCGUAUUCCCAAAAAUCUCCCCCCUUUUUGAGAAUCUACAUAGAGAGAGCAUAAAGUGAAGUAGGGGAAGACAAGAACCCACCAAAAAGUUUACAUUUUUUUUUUUGAAACUUGGCUUAAAAAGUUUACAUUUUUUUAUUUACAAAAACCGAAGCUUUGAUUUGUAUAAAAGACCCACUACUCCACCUCUCUAGCUUCUCACUCCAUUUCAUCUCUUCUCUCUCUCCUCUGUUUCAAAGGGUUUUGAGAGUUGCAGAAAAGACCAGAAAAUUUUUCAUUUUGACAAUUAUCAAGAUAUUGGUUGCUUCAGACAGAUAUUUUGUUCCUUUGCAUGAACAAGUUGUAGACAACUCUUAGCUUGUCUAAAUCUAUUUAUUUCGGUUAAACUUAUGGAGGGUUGUUCAAGAAACGGUGAAAUAUCCCCAAAGCUGCUCCAUUUGAUUCCGCAAGGGAGAAGAAACUGGUUUCUUGCUGACAAAAGCUCUGUUUCCAAUACCGAAGAGAAGAAACUUGAGCUAAAGCUUGGACCACCUGGUGAAGAUGAGGACGAAGACAAAUCUAUCCUCUCUCUCGCUCGCAACCACCACUUCUCUCCUUCCAUCACCACCAACAAACCCACAUCUCAGAAAAGAACUGCUCCUAGUCCAGUGGUGGGUUGGCCUCCGGUUAGAUCAUUCAGGAAGAAUUUAUCAAAUGGAAGCUCUUCAAAGCUUGGAAAAGACUCCACCUCCAAUGGUGUUGUCCUCAAGAACCAAAAGUAUGAUAAUGAUAGCGGCCGAGAGAAGACAAUGGAACCAAAGAGGCGAGGAGGCUUGUUCGUGAAGAUCAACAUGUAUGGUGUUCCCAUUGGUCGUAAAGUCGAUCUCAGUGCGCACAAUAGCUAUGAGCAGUUAUCUCUCACGGUGGACAAGCUCUUUAGAGGUCUUCGUGCAGCUCAAAGAGAAUCAUUAUUAUCAUUUGGAGAAGAAGAGAAACCAAUCACUGGAUUAUUGGAUGGGAAUGGAGAAUAUUCUCUUACUUAUGAGGACAAUGAAGGAGACAAGAUGCUUGUAGGAGAUGUCCCAUGGCAGAUGUUUGUAUCUUCGGUGAAGAGGCUGCGUGUGAUCAAAACCUCUGAGAUUUCUUCAGCAUUAACAUUUUUGCAGAUGGAAGAUGAGAAGCUGAAGAAUGGAACUUUUACAGCUUAAAGAAGGAGAGAUGUUAUUGUUUUGCUUUUGCCUUUUUAACUCUGAUGUUCUUUGAAAAGUGUUUCUAAUUCAAGUCUUAUGUACAUUCUGGUUUGGUACAUGUUCUUUUGACUUGUGAAAAUGUUAUAGAUGAGUUUAAUGGAACUCAAUCAGACAGUGAAAAAGAUGAAUUUUUGAUCUUGGAAUAUAUUACAUAUUCUUUUAGUCA